GCUGACCGAGCAUUAAUCGCGAGAAACAAAAAUAUUUUCUAACAAAAUUAAAUCUUACAAGUGAAAUAACGGUUUUUAUUAAUUUUAAAUGGUAUAAUUAAAGUUUAGUGACUAUGAAAACUGUUUAUCUGUAAACGAAUUAUGGCUGCACACAGAACUCUUACAUAGUUAAAUUCGGAUAAAAAUAUCAAUGUUCCCGUAUACAGAAAUGUUACCAGAUUAUUUCACUUCAUAAUUUGUUUAAUCUUAUCAUCAUCGAAACCAUGUGAUAAGGUGAGCCGGCACAUUCUAAUAAUCGCUGCCAAAGGGAAGACGUGAGUCUGAACGAGAGGGAAAACAAAAAGUUCGAAAGCAACUUUCUGUACUCAUCUAAAAUCAUGACUUCAAGACUUAAGUCCAUUUUUAAAAGACAAUCGUCUCAACCAAAUCGAUCAACUGAAAAUACUAAAAAUCAUUCCCAAGACAUUUGUGAAGAAAUAAACGAUAUGCCGAAAGUAACCUUUCUGAAUGGAGAUUUAAGUUUUCCUGAGGAUUCCAAAACGGCAGACAGAUCUGUCAUUUUGAGAAAAAAGCAUGGGAGAAGACGUCACAGAACAUCACUAGGAGCAAUAGAUGAAAUUUUACAAUGUGCAAUUUGCAACGAAAGGUUUAAAGUCCCUAAAAUGUUACCCUGUCAACACACUUUUUGCCUGAAAUGUUUGGAGAGUCAAGCCUUGAAUAAUAAAGAAACUCCUUUCAGAUGUUCGACAUGUUUUUUAAAAAUAGAAGACUGUUCACCGGAUAAACUGCCAACAAAUAUGUACAUUGAAAAUAUGUUAAAAAUCGUGGGUAAUACUGCCGAAAAAUCAGAAAAAAAUAUGCCGAGGAGUCUUGUCGUUAGUUUUGCAACUGAAGCAAUAAAAUGUUCUAAGUGCAGUGCCGUUUGCAGAAGUGAAAAUAGAUGUGAACAUUGCAGACAGGUAUUGAUGUUUUGUAUCAGUUGUAGUCCUGAACACGUGGAAGCUUUGAAAGAAGAACUGGAUGUUAUUGCAGAGCAUUUAGAAAAUACGGCUUGUAAAAUCGAUUCGAGAAUCAAAGAAUUUCGGAACAAAAUUGAUACGCUGAAAGAGAACAUUGACAAAGAGAUAGAAAGAAGAAUUUCUCAAUUAAAAAAAGAGUGCGAUGAGCGAUUACAAAAAGUAUCUGAAAUAUUGAUUAAAGGUGAAAAAUCAGCUGCGGAAAUAAAGCAGCGAAUUUUCAUUACCCAAGUGGAAGUAAUAGAACAAAAAUCGGGAAUUUAUGAUUCUAUAACGGAUGAUCAAGAAAAGAUUGGAUUCUACGGAUCAAAAAUCCCUCAUCCAUAUUUUCUAAAGAUCAAGAUUUUCCUUCACCUCCAUACAAAAAUGAUGGAACUUAUGGAAGUCGUCUCCGAUUGGGAACCGGAAUUUAGUAUUACAGAAUGUAGCAUGUCGAAAGCAAAAGAUCAUCGUUCAGAGAUAGCAAAAAUCAAGCCAAAUCUUAAUUUACAAUACAAAAUCAAGAGUUUUAUUCCAAAAGUAGUUAGCGAACACAAAACAAUGCAAAGACCGUCGGGACUCGCUUUUGAUUUGUCGAGAGACUAUGUGUACGUUGCUUGUUCAGGAAUUAAGCCAAAAAUUCUUGUUUUGGACAAAAAACUAAAAAUGUUGAGAAGAUUUCAGCAUGCGGAUAUGAUUGCUCCUCAGAGGGUUGCUUUUCUUGAAGACACUGACGAAGUUUACGUGACAGACAAGUGGAAGCACUGCGUCUUCGUAUUUGAUCGAAAAGGUGAAUUUUUGAGACAAAUGUGUAACAAGAGUCAAGAAGAAGGAAAAUUACGAAGUCCUGAAGGAAUUUCAACUCAUCCUAGACAGAGAUUACUUUAUAUUGCGGAUUCAGGAAAUGACAGAAUUGUAAUUCUCGAUUCAGAUGGAUCAUACCAAGGAUCUAUUGGUACCACAGAAACUUCCGCAACAACAGUAAAUAAAGCUGGCAAAGCAGUCAGUAUUUCUGUGAAUCACCUCAACCAACCAACGGACGUUGUUGUAUCUUUAACAGAAGUAGUCGUUGCUGACAGUGGGAAUCACAAAAUUAAGAUAUUCAAUCACAAGGGUAUACUUUUGCAUUCCAUUGGAGGCUUGGGUGUCAUGAGAGGUUUUUUCAGGUCACCGGAAGUUGUAAAACUUGACAACAAGGGCAACAUCAUAGUGGGUGAUUCUGGAAAUGGACGAGUUCAGAUAUUUUCUCGUCAGGGCGAAUUGCUAAAAUCGUUUGGUGAAAAGGGAAGUAAAGCUGGCCAAUUUAGUUGGAUAUCGGGUUUAGUAAUAAAACCAAAUUUAGAAAUUAUCGUGGCCGACAGUAAAAACAACACUCUACAAUUAUUUUGAACAAACCAACUAACCGUAGAAAACAAUUACGAAAAUAAUAAAAAAAGCGCUUAUAAGCAUAUAUUUUC